UAUAAAAGCCCAACCAAGGGAGCCAACUCAACAUAUUCGUCUACAACCGCACUGAAAGCGCACAGUGAAUUUCAGCCUUUGCAAAAGAAUCACUCCAAAAACUCUUAACAAAAUGUUCAAAUUGUUCGCUCUCUGCUUCGUAGCCCUCUUCGCCUGUGCCUUCGGUGCGGCCAAACCAGCGCUCCUGGCUUCUCCAUUGGCAUACUCAGCACCAUUGGCCGCUGGCCCUGUUGCUGCUGCCUACGCCGCGCCGGUAGCCGCUGCUUACUCCGCUCCCCUCGCCUACACUGCUGGUUAUGCGCCCUACAUUGCUCCCUAUGCUAGCAGCUACACCGCUCAUGGCGUCGCCCAUACUGCUGCUUUCCCUGCUGCCUACGCUGCUGCUCCAUAUGUUGCCUCAUAUGCCGCUCCAGCCGUGGUUCCCGCUGCACGCUUCGUCGCCUCAGCUGCUCCGGUAGUUGCCGCUUCUCCCGCAUUUGCCGCAGCCCCAGCCGUCGCUGCUGUUCCAGUUGUGAAGAAAUAAGUUUUUAUUUAGCAAUUGGACUAUACUAUUUGAAUUGAUAAGGAUAAAGCAAAAAUAAUAAAAAAAAAGACUCAACGAACUGA